UGCCAUGGCUGAACUGGGCCACCCCACCGAGACGGAGUUUGCCCUGCGCCGCCGCCUGCCCCGCCGCCUCCCACGCCGCCGCAGCGACAUCUACGUCAACAUGAAGACAGACUUCAAGGCCCAGCUGAGCCGCUGCCAGAAGCUGCUGGGCCCCGGUGGGAGCUGCAGCGAGAUCUGCAUCCACGGCCUGGGCCUGGCCAUCAGCCGCGCCAUCAACAUCGCCCUGCAGCUGGAGGCCACGGGCGGCGGGGCCCUGCAACUGGCGGCCAACACCUCCACCGUGGAGCUGGCCGACGUGGCAGAGCCGGAAGGGGACGGCGAGGAGCCGCUGGCCAGGACCCGGAACAACUCCGCCAUCCACAUCCGGGUGUGCCGUGUCACCCCGGAAUGAGAGCGCU